AUGGUUACAAUCUGGUCUCUGCACAAAAGACGGGCACGAACCAGCAGCACAACCGAUGUCACACACAAACAACGGCACGUUAUGCCAGUGCAAUCGGAUUAAUUCAUAAUAACGCGACUGAAGGCUGUCUGCAGGUUUUCACUGAGGCACGGUGUGUGAGCCUCAGCUCUACUCUAUAAGAAGCUUAGAGAGAGACAGGCUUCUCUGUCUCUCCAUCUUUCCUUCACGCUAUCGCCACCUGAUUUCAUCUGUCAUCUGUGUGAACAGAGAAUGACGCAGCCUCCGGCACUCGUACAGCUUUCACACAGAUAAUGAGAAUCAGCAGAAGAGCCUUCAGAUACACUCAGCACCUCGGACGCAUGGAGAACACGACACAUGCUGGGAAUAGAUAAGCGCGGUCCUCAUAUCACUCUGUCUCCCACGUUGACCGACCCUCUCCUCCACAGGACUCCCGCAGUGCUCUCAAAGGGGCAAUGCCAGUCUUGCUAAAUGCUGAUGCCUCCUUCAGCUCCAUGCAGGAGCUCCUGGACCUACAAGAGUCCUCUGCUAAUGGAGGUCUGUCUCUAGGUACCCCUAGUCCUGUGGACCCUCACAUAGGCAGCCCAAUAGGCUUGGGCCCUACAGGCCCCAGCAGCCUCAGAAGUGAUGGCCCUCAUAUUUAUACUGUGGCUUCCACACUCCCUGACCAGUUAUAUGGGGAAAAAGCUAAACCCAGUGCAGAGACUCUUAAAGGAUCAAGACUACACUCUGCUGACUCGGAUGAGUUUUAUGGCUGGGGGACUCUAAAACCCAAAGCUCUUCAGUUUUUCAACACUCCUCGCUGGGUGCUGUUCUUUCUUUGUGUGAACGCUUUCCUUCAGGGCCUGAUUGUCUCUGGCCUGAGUAGCACUGUGGUCACUACCAUUGAGAGGCGCUUUGACCUGAGCAGCCACGACGCGGGCCUCAUCGUCAGCUGCUACGACAUCGCCUGCUGCGUCUGCCUGGCCUUCGUCACGUACUUCGGCGGGACAGGGCACAAGCCUCGCUGGUUGGGAUGGGGGUUGCUGAUCAUGGCUGUGGGUUCCAUAAUGUUCAUCUUGCCUCACUUCACCACACCUCCCUACCAGGUCAGUCAGUCCGAGCGAACAGGACUGUGCUCUGCCAACAGUACCAGCCCGGCCCAGGAGACCAAGGGAGGGGGAUUGUCCGGUUAUCGCUUUGUGUUCAUGCUGAGCCAGUUUCUACUUGGUGUGGGAGGUACUCCUCUCUACACAUUAGGGGUCACAUACCUCGAUGAGAAUGUCCAGUCCAGCUACGCACCUGUGUAUUUAGGAAUCUUCUACACUGCCAGCAUCGUGGGUCCGGCUGCAGGCUACAUGCUGGGAGGAUACACCCUCAGCAUCUUUACACAUACCAACGUCGUGACACAGGUAUCUACGGAGGACCCACUGUGGGUCGGUGCCUGGUGGAUUGGCUUCCUUGCAGCAGGAGCAGCAACUGCACUCGUAGCAUUCCCCAUUCUGGGUUUCCCUCAACAGCUACCAGGCUCGCAGGAGCACCUGGCCAUGCGGGUGUCUGAGGCCCACCAGCUUAAACAUGGAAGCCAUGCCACAGCCUUAGACCCGCAGUUUGGGAAAACUCUCAAAGAUAUGCCAAGAUCAGUGCUGCUGCUCUUAAGGAACCCCACUUUCCUCUUCCUGUGUUUGGCUUCGGCGACUGAAGCUACGAUUGCCAGUGGAAUAGCGACCUUCAGUCCAAAGAUCUUUCAGUCGCAGUUCAGUCUCAGCGCAUCAAAAGCUGCUACACUGUUAGGAAUCAUCGUGAUACCAGCAGGAUGUAGUGGCACCUUUCUGGGAGGCUACAUUGUGAAAAGACUGAACCUUCGCUGUCGGGGAAUCAUCAACUUCUGCAUGACAUGUACACUAUGUUGUUUGCUCCUCACCUUCCCGUUGCUCCUCCACUGCCCCACUGUAGCGGUGGCAGGUGUCACGGUGUCAUACCAGUCCAGUGUGAUGGAUCAACGGCAGCUGGACGAGUAUGAACAUCUGUCUGACAAACCCAGCAGUAUGCAGCUCAAGAACAGUUCUUCUCCUGUGCGGCACAACUUAACGGCGGGCUGCAAUGCACAGUGUGAUUGUGCCAGAGAGCUGUAUAACCCCGUGUGUGGAGAAGACGGUGUGACGUAUUACUCCCAGUGCUAUGCUGGCUGCUCCUCCAUCAACCAAACCGAAUCCUCCACCAGCAAAAAGAGGGUCGCAGGGGGUGCUGUGCCAAUCUCAGCUACAUCGGGCGAUAGGCGGGGUACACCCUGGACAGUUCGCCAGUCCAUCGCAGGGCCACACACAUAGAUAGAGACAAACAACCAUUCACUCUCACACUCACUCCUAUGGUCAAUUUAGAGUGUCCAAUUCACCUAAUCCCCACAUUGCAUGUUUUUGGACUGUGGGACGAAGCCGGAGAACCUGGAGAAAACCCACGCACACACGGGGAGAACAUGCAAACUCCAUGCAGAAAGGCCCUUGUUCCAACCGGGGCUCGAACCCGGGUCUUCUCACUGCAAGGCGAGAGUGCUAACCACUAUACCACCGUGUGGCCGUCACGCGAAUUUGGCCGGCAAAAAAAAGUCAAAUAAUUAAAUCAGUGAUUAAGUAUUAAACAUUCAGACACCAAUGAGAUAGAACUAUAAAACGAUUGCUUUAAAAUAUUUUUUUUAUUUUAUCUCGUUGAGAGUUUCCCGUGUCAUCAUGUGGUCAUGUGACCAAUUAAGACCAAUGAAUUUGUAGCUCAGACGCGGUGCCACUCAUGACAGCUCUGUGUGAAGGCUUGAAUUUCCAAACUGCUUGUGAAACAGUCAUAAGAGAUUUUAAGGAAAUGUACCCUGACUGGGGAAGAUAGCCACCACUAAAUGUGUCCGGCCCGUGUCCGGCGCGUGUCCGGCGCGUGUCCGGCGCGUGCACGGGUUUGUGUGUAUGUGCAUGUUUCUUGUUAAUUGCGUCUCUUUAAGAAUACUGUAUGUCCAGCAUUAAUUAUGCAUGAAAUCUUAUCAGCCACAUGGACCAUCAAAAAUAUUUUCUAGCGUAAAAUCUGGUCUGUGUACACAUCCAAAAUCUAGAUGUAGAAUUAGGGUGGCCAUUUCCGUAGCAUCAAAACCGAGGACACACGACUGCACUGCAAUACAAUUUUGUCCACGAUAACAAUGAUAUGAUGAUAUCGUCCACUCACUACUGAAUUGUUUGUGUUUUUUUACUUCUUGACCAGACUAGACGUUCAUUGACACCCCUGCUCUAGGACCUGUUUCUCAAAAAUAGAGUUUUAAGGCUUUCAAACCUGUAGUUCCAUAUGGAUAAAAAGUUGAUAUUGUUAUGUAACAACAGGGACUGAACCCAAAUGCAAGACACAGAACUCAGUAAUGCAGUUAAGGUCAAUAUUUAUUUGUGACAUGGUGAAUAAAUGUGCAGGUGGGGAAACAGUUCUGGAGAAUCUGGGAAUCCCACAUGGUUUGGUGAAGGGGGCAAAGGAGUCAGUGUCUC